AUGGAAAUCAACGAGAACGUGAACAAAGAAGGACUGCAAGAUGACAAGGUGAAUAAGAAUCGAGAAGAAGAAGAAGAAGAAGAAGGUAAAGUAACAGAUAAACACGUGACUAGAUGUACGAGUCUAGUUGAUGCGUAUCACACAGCAUUAAGUGUACGUCUGAAUUGUGACUCAUCAAACCAUCAAAAGCACGGAGAGACCUUAGUGGUCAGAGAGUGCAAGCGCGCGUGUCCACUCAAGGGCCACCUUGCGAAGGUCGACACGCGAAGGCACCAAAGGAGCAAGAAUACUGUGGAAAGACAGACUCCACCGCGGAUCUCGACGCCACGCUUUGGGCGGACUAGCAGUACGCACACCUCGCCCGGUUGGGCGUGCGAGCUCAGGAGACCAUCCGAGCUGGAGCACCGUGCCCAGACGGGCCAGCCAAUUAACACCCGGGUCGCGCCGUCGCCCCCGUUCGUACGACAGGUUCUGUCUAAAUGCGCGGCCAGCCGCGGGAUCCACACUCUAGUCCUCCGCGGGGGGCGCGGCUGCGCGGAGCACCUCACAUCAACUCGACCGCAGAGAUAUGACCGUUUUUGUGAGUCUCUAGCACAACGCGCACGAACUGCACCUGCAUCACAUGGGUCACCCAUAUGGUACAAUCCCAAGAAAACUACACCUAAUCACAAGAAACCCCCUAUCACGCACAAAAACCAAACACAAAUCACUUACGCCACACGUGGGCAAAGGAAGAGACCCGGUAAACAAAUGAUCGCGCCUACAUCGGUGAACACAAGGAACAAACAACCACAAGGCCAUAUGUCACUUCACCUCAUCUCCGAACCACACAAGACGACACAGGCAAAAGCCGCACGGCGCCAACCAGUCAGAAAACACGCACACUACUCCACACGCGAGCACAAGUACAACCAUAGCGCCGAAGAGACCAAAACCAAAAGUCCAAAUCUCAACAUAUUCUCCACAAACAUCCAGAAGUCACGAAUCCCGCCCAUAUCCGAUCUUAACGGACGGCACGAUGUGCCCCUUCAGCUUGAAUUAACUCCCCGUAGCACGCUAGACUCAGCCACUCACUAUACCGCCCCGCCGAGCAACACCUCCGCCUACGCCCUCAGCGUGCACGAGGGACACCAGGAGACCGUCACCUUCUUCAUCGACGACCUUCCUCCUCAGGCUGCUGGUGACCUUCUGAUCCAGGAAAUACAAAGUGAUCAUUUAGACCACAUAGCCAUAUCUCCAAGUAAGAUUCCAUUGGCCGAGGCAGAGUCCCAGGGCCUUUUAGAACGUUCAGAAAACAACACCCUAGAGGGCUCUUUCAACGUCUCUGGGAAGUUCCUGGGCUUUACCAAGAUCAAGUUUGUCCUCAGCAAUGGCAAUGAUGAGGAACUUGUGGAGAGUGAGCCUGUCAGUGUCAAGGUGCAACGUGGCCAACGGGUGCUUGAUAAAAUCUUCAUCCAUGUUGUUAUUGCAAUGGUUAUUGUAGCGUAUAUCAACAUGGGCUGUGCCAUAGACUUACAGGUUAUCAAACAGACCCUUCGUAAGCCUGUCGCCCCUGCUAUAGGCUUGGCUUCGCAGUACUUAUUUAUGCCAUUGGCCUCAUAUGCCAUUGGCUACGGCUUGUUCGGCAGCGCCCCGGAGAUGUGGUUGGGUCUGUUCCUGACUGGCUGCUCUCCGGGUGGCGGCGGAUCCAACAUGUGGACUUACUUACUGGACGGUUCCCUUGACUUAUCUGUCACCAUGACCUUCAUCUCGACUGUUGGGGCAUUCCUGGCACUGCCUAUGUGGGUCUAUGCUCUGGCAAGGACCAUCUUCCAAGAUGGACAUUUCUCGAAACUUCCCUACAAGAAUAUUGCCAUGUUAGUGGUUGGCCUUGUGCUGCCUCUGUCCAUUGGCUUGGUGAUCAAGCGCUGCUCGCCUCGGGUUGCGCUCGUCAUGAAGCGCCUUCUGAAGCCCAUCUCCAUCAUCUUCAUUCUGUUCAUGAUGACCUUUGGAGUUUACGCCAACCUCUACAUUUUUGCUUUCUUCAGCUGGAAGGUUGCUCUUGCUGGCAUUCUGCUUCCCUGGCUUGGCUUCCUGUUUGGUGCCGUGGCAUCCCUCGUGUGCAGGCGCAGCUGGGAGGAAGCCAUUGCCAUCAGUAUUGAGACUGGUGUGCAGAAUACAGGCCUGUCCAUAGGCAUCCUCAAGGUUGCCCUUCAGGAAUUUGCUCCGCUGGGAGACAUUACCAUGGUGAUUCCCGUUGCCGUGGCCACCAUGACCCCAAUACCUCUGACCAUUGCGUACAUUGCCAAGCGGAUCCGCGAGUGCAGGGCCAAGAAAACAACCUAUGAGAUUGAUUGCCCUGAGGAUUAUGAGGAUGACAUGAAAAACCAGCUGCAUCUUUCUCCCUCAUCCACAUCGUCACUCCACAAGGAUGCCAACGAUAAUUCAAAAGCUGUUUUGGCUUAAAUCUUUUUUUUCUUUUUGUCAGAUAUGAAAAUUAAGAGGGAGAAGGGA